GGAGCCGAGGCCUUUCUGAGCCUCAGUCCCAGAACAGCUGUAUGAGCCCCCCACCGCCCAGGGUGGCUCAGGGCAGAGCCACUCCAGAGCCUCAGGGCAGGCUGGGGGCCAAACCUGGGCUGAGAACAGGGACCGCAGCAUCCCGGAGUCUGAGCCCGUGGUGGGUGUUGCCACAUGGGCCAGGCUGCACACACAGUCACAUCAGUGACCAUUCUCAGCAGACUGGUGGCUCCGGACAACAUAGAAUGUCAGCACUUAUGUUAAAAAUAAUGGGUCUGUCACAUGCCAGGGAGGCACUGGAAUCAGCCCCUGAGGAGGGUGUUUCCAGGCCCCAGUGCUCGCCUGCCCCUUUCCUUGGAGAGCAGCUGGUCGCAGAACGGCCAAGGGUGUGUGGUCAUGUUCUGCAGGUUCCAUGCAGCAGGUGGGAGGCACACGGUGGGCUGGUCUUGGCAGAUCUUCCUCAUCCCUUGAACCUCACCUUUGCCUCACUUAUCCUUAUUCUGACAUCCUGGGUCAUGAGACAGAGGACAGCUGGGGACUCAUUGGCGGUCACACCCUGAGUGCUUGGGAUGGGGCCAAAUAGACGGUCUGUCUGGUGCUCACCCACGUGUGUUGUCAGGUCUGUUGGGCCAUUCUAGGAGGGGUCUGGCACAGUCGGAGCCCUGCCAGCGUCGGAGAGGGGUGUGGAUGACACAGUGACCCACAAUCUGUUCCUCGGCCAGGCCCCGUGGAGGUCACAAGUUCAGGUGCAAAGGGCAGGGUUCCAGAAAGAAGCUCAGGAGUUCACUUGGGGACCACAUGAUGAGUGGCAGUCAGAGGGUACCAGCUGUCCUGUCCCAGGCUUGGGUGCCACUGUCCCCUCCCCAGGCCCUGCAGCCCUUUGCCACUCCUGCUUGUGGAUGGUGCAUGGAGCAGAGUGGCUACCUUGUCACUGUCGCCACCAGCCAGCCUUCACAUGCAGUCAUUUCCCAAGUCCUCCUGGGUCCCCGCGCAGGGCUGAGCAUGCCAGGUAUGGCUCAGCUUUCCUGCAGAAUGGGGCUAAAAAAGCAGCGACUGUUGGAGGCCAAGCGGCAUCAGAGCCCACCAGAUGGGACCCAGACACCUUCCGCCAAGGAGCCCCGCUUGGAGCCACUCGCGACCCUGGGCCCCCAGCGCAGCAUCUAUUUCUUAGGCCUAAAGGGCCACCCUGCUCGCCUGGGAUCAGAGUUUUUUGACCAGCCUGCCAUCCCCCUGGCACGGGCCUUUCUGGGACAGGUCUUGGUCCGACGGCUGGACGAUGGCACAGAGCUCCGUGGCCGCGUUGUGGAGACUGAGGCAUACUUGGGGCCAGAGGAUGCAGCUGCCCAUUCGAGGGGUGGCCGGCAGACCCCCCGCAACCGCAGCAUGUUCAUGAAGCCAGGGACGCUGUAUGUGUACUUCAUCUACGGCAUGUACUUCUGCAUGAAUGUCUCCAGCCAAGGGGAUGGGGCGUGUGUCCUGCUCCGAGCGCUAGAGCCCCUGGGGGGCCUGGAGGCCAUGCGGCAGCUUCGCUGCACUUCCCGCAAAGGCACUGCCGGACGAGCCCUCAAAGACCGUGAGCUCUGCAACGGCCCCUCCAAGUUGUGCCAGGCCCUGGCCAUCGACAAGAGCUUUAACCAGCGGGACCUGGCCACGGAUGAGGCUGUGUGGUUGGAACGGGGGCCCCCAGGCUCCAGUGAGGCAGCUGUGGUGACAGCAGCCCGCGUGGGCAUCGGCCACGCAGGAGAAUGGGCCCUGAAGCCCCUGCGCUUCUAUGUGCAGGGCAGCCCCUGGGUCAGUGUGGUAGACAGAGCAGCUGAGCGGGACACACAGACUGGAGCAAAGGCCUGCCGGGAUGAGGAUUUUUAAUUCUUCAGAAGCAAAAUAAAUGCAGUGUUUCUAGAAAA